AGGAAAUAUACUAUAGAAAAUUGAAAAAAAAAAUUAAAAAAAAUGGCAAGAGAUGUAAGGCAAGUGGUGGCUGGUUUAUUAACAGGUUCAAUGCUUAUAAUGCUUUGCAAUAUGGUUAAAAGAGAUCAUUUUGAUCCUAUUUAUGUGGAAAAUCUUUCAGUGCAAUAUGAUUUGGUAAAAGUUUCAAAGCAAAGUCUUGUUAAACUCUCAGACAAAGGAGGGAUUUGGAGGGAAAAUUUUUCCCUUAAACCUUGUUGGAGGAAGCCAUUAUCAACAACAAAUGAAGAACAGGGCAAAGGCUACAUCUUUUUUAAUUUAACAGACAUCCCUGAAGAUCAUAUUACACAGAUUGCUAAUGCAGUAGUUGUGGCCAAAUAUGUUGGGGCAACUCUAGUCCUUCCUGAAAUAAGAGGAAGCCAAACAGGGCACAAGAGGCAAUUUGGUGAUAUUUAUGACAUAGAGAGAUUCAUGACAAGUUUAGAUGGCACAAUUCAAGUAGUGAAAGAUCCACCAAUGGAGGCAUCAAAAGUGAACAUCACAAACAUAAAGGUGCCUUUCAUUGUGACCAAAGACUUCAUUGAAUCCAAAAUUAAGCCACUAUUCAAAGCCAAAGGAAACUUAAUGCUUACAACAAACUUGUCACCUUCAACUAUGUCAAAAGCUAAAGAGAUCAUUAAAAAAGACAAUAUAAAGAUGGACCCUAAUGCAUGUUUAGCAAUAUUUGGGAGCCUUGAGUUACAACAAGAGUUAAAUCAAUUGGUUAGCUCAAUGAUUGGGACAUUAAGAAGUUUGAGCUAUAAAACAAAUGGACAAUUUGUUGCUAUGGACUUAAAGGUUGAAUCAUUGGGAAAUUUGUGCAAAGGGAAUGUGAUUAAAACAAAGGAUUGUUUUGAGGCCAAAGACAUUGGUGAGUUCUUGAAGAAGAUUGGCUAUCAAAGGCACACUACAAUUUACUUGACUCAAAGUGGAUGGCAUAGUAGUCUUGAUGAAUUCAGAAAGAUCUUCCCCAACACAUUCACCAAGGAUGCUAUAAUUCCAGCAUAUGAGAAGGCUAAGUACCAAAUCACAAAAAGUUCUGAUUUUGAGAAAGUGAUUGACUUCCAAGUAUGCACACAAGCUGAUGUAUUUGUACCAACAAUCUCCAAUCUAUUCUACACUAAUGUUGUAGCAAAGAGAAUUGCCUCUGGUAAGACAGAGGUACUUGAUCCAACACAAAAGGAUUCUACUUCAUCUUCUAUUGUCAACUAUGUCUCUCCAUACAUAUCCAAGAAAUCACAUUGGGCUUAUUCAUGCUUUUGUUGAAUUAUCAUCAAUCAUAUAUAAGUGUAAGCAAAUUGUGUCUACUUUUACUUUAAUGUCAACAUGUGUGAGAGUAGUAGUAAUAAAUAAAGUUCAUAUAGUAGCUACUAGAAGUAUGUUUAGCAAUUGUAUACUAUCUUGUAGUUUUGAUUUUUGAAUGUCUUGUUUACAAGUACCUAUUAAAUUGUUUGAAUUAUACCAAAAUGUAUGUUGAGUGUUAUAUUUUUUUUUUGUGUGUGUAAAUGGGGAUGAAUAGGAAAUGAAAGGACUUUGUAUA